AUGGACUCAGUUUUAGCAGAACCGUCUAUGAAUCUGCCCGUGAUAGACCUCGAUGUCUAUCUCAACAACCCUAUCGACUCGGAGGCCGUGCAAGAAGAAUGCCGCAAAGCAGCCAGCGCCCUCAUUACCUACGGCGCUCUUGUACUUCACGAUAGCCGUGUCUCUGAGGAAGACAACUCAACUUUUCUUGAUAUCCUUGAGGACUACUUCGCACAACCCACAGAAGUCCUCAAGAAAGAUGAAAAGCCUGAGCUGAGCUACCAAAUUGGUGUCACUCUAGAAAAUACCGAAAAGCCCAAGUGUGCGGUUGAUGAGCCAUGCCUAGAUGUCAUACAGAGACUUGACCCAUCGCAAAGGCCGCUGGAUAUUACAGCGCAUUCCCCCGACCCAAAAUGCAGAUUCUUCUGGAGGAUGGGCGAGCAGCCGCCUUUUGAGACUGAGUUCCCUGGUUUGAACGCCGCAAAUGUCGUGCCCGAAGCCCCUCACAUCAGGGACCGUUGGGAGCCAGCCAUGAACCAAUGGGGUACAUCCAUGAAAAGCGCUGUCUCUAAGCUCGCGGAAAUGGCCGCUGUUGGCCUUGAUUUGCCGGCUCAAUUCUUCAGUGACGCCGGAAAAUAUGGCCCUCACCUUCUUGCUCCAACAGCCUCAGACUUGAACAAAUAUGGCCAGAAGGAUACUAUCCUGGCCGGCUUCCAUACUGACCUCAACUUUCUCACUAUCCACGGGCGCUCCCGCUACCCAGGCCUUCACAUCUGGGCUCGCAACACCGGAAGCCGUAUUGCCGUAAAGAUUCCACCCGGAAACUACCUCUUAGUCCAAGCGGGUAAACAGCUUGAGCAUAUCACAGGCGGACUCAUCAAGGCCGGUUUCCAUGAGGUUAUUGUUAAUGAGAAAACGAUCGAGACAAUAGAAAAAAGGAAGCGCGAGGUCCCUGACAGGCCUCUUGUGAGGAUAUCCAGUACCUUGUUCUGGCACCUGGGGAGUGACAUUGAUCUCACGCCUGUGCCCAACCUCGUGGCGAGAGCCAAGGAAGUCAGAGAGCGCCAGAAAGAAUUGGGAAGAGAUGAGGGACGCGAGACCGAAUACCCUUCUAUGAAGGUUGGCCACCAAGUGCAGGCCGAGUUCGCAGGCGGACAUUAG